AUGCGUGAAGCUGGUAUUGACAAAGUCCUCUAUUACCGCACCAAGGAAUUCGACAGCUACUGUAAGGGAUAUCCGAAGACGUCAGAAAUCUCCCUUGUGGAUGAAAUAAUGAAGUGGGAGACCCAACAUAGACCUCACAUCGAACAACUGGAAACACGGGCUCUUAGACUCGCGAAAGGUGACCUCAUGCGCCUGUCUGAUCUUGAGAACCCCCAAGUUGAAGAGAGGCUGAAAGUUCACGAGUCCUCCUGGAAUAAUGCCAAAAACGAAUGGGCCUUCGCUAGUGAAGAAGAAAGCUUCAGGGAAAAGGGUCCGCAGACUUUCUCUCCUGAAGUUUUAUGCGCACCCUCCAGCUGCCAAUUAGUAUCAGACUCUGAGGGAGAUAAGUCCACAUUCACAUUUCUCCUGCCUAAAGAUGCUAGCUCUUUGUGCGCCUGUUCUAUUGUCCCCGUGCGCGAGGGGGACUUUCUAGGCAUAUUUGCUAGUAAGAUUCGGUUUUCGGAAAACUGGAGCACUACCCACGGUAUCCGUGGUCCUAUCGACAAUCUGUGGCUAGACUACUCACAAGUCACUGGUAUGCUGAACCAAAUGCGGGUCUCAGAACCUGGUGGCCACUCAAACGUCCGCCUCCAGUGGGAAGUAGUCCAUGAUGAUAUUGGGACCGAUAGUUGCACCUCAUGGAGAGUUUCUGUGAAAGCCACUAAGCGGAUAAUGCCGUUCGAACCUCUCAUUCGCGUGGCUGCUCAGCAGGAGCAGUUCAUCAUGCAUUCAUCCUCCGAGAACGCAAAGAGGGGUUUUCUGGAACUUUGCGAAGCUUACUAA